CAGGUAAAACCCACAGUAACAGGAUCAAGUAAGUGAGUCAGCACACCUUUAAAACUAUGUUGACACCCCUGUGCAGGCAAUCAGACUGACACACCUGUGGACCUAAGCAGUCAAAGAGAAAACCUUGGUGCUGUCCUUAACAUCAACAGAUAUUGUUUGUGACAAAAAAGUAACUUUUCUUUUAUAUUAUACACACACAUAUAUAUAUAGAAAUUAUACAUAAUAGGUUGUGGACAUUUACCUUAGGAAAGCAAGGUGUACAGAGCAGAAGAAAAUGACAAUCUUGGACUCUGUUUUACUGUCUCUACUGGCGACAGUAUGUAUUUUACCUUAUGUUGAAAAUAAAGCACAUGGAACAGGGCAUAACCAGGUGCUCAUGAAGAUGGUCUAUGAACUGCAGAAAGACAUCAUUCAAGACAAGCAGCAGUUAGCACAGCUGAAUGCUCUGACCAAACAGCUCAAGGACGAGGGGGAAAAACUAUCAGAGGAGAAUAAAAAACUCAAGGAAAAUAUUAAGGAAAUAAACCAUUUACUGCAUGGAAAAAUUGACAGUAGACCAGAGAAUGGCACUUUACACAGAGCAAAGAGGCAGGUUUCAAUCAAUGGACAAGCUGGUGGAGCAGUGUAUAUCCGCUGGGGCAGAACAACAUGCCCUGUGGAAGCAGAACUGGUAUAUAGUGGUAUAGCUGGUGGGUCCCAUUAUACCCACACAGGAGGAGGGAGCAACAUACUGUGUAUGCCCAGAGACCCACAGUGGGGCAUCUACACAGAUGGAUUUCAGUCAAGUGGUCACUUCUAUGGUGUUGAGUUUAGGACAGCAGCAAAUGACCCUUUCCACAAAACAAAUGCCAAUUCCAUAACAAGUCUAACCCCCCAAGAUGUAGUAUGUGCUGCCUGUCGUGUCCCCACACGCUCAAGCCACAUCAUGAUCCCGGCACACAUGGAAUGCCCCAACAGCUGGUCCAAGGAGUACACGGGGUAUCUCAUGUCUUCUGCCUAUACCCACAAGCGCUCAGAGUACAUAUGUGUGGACAGUGCCCCCGAGGUGGACGAGAAAGGAGGGGAUGACAAACAAGGCGCCCUGCUUUACAAUGUUGAGGCUUCCUGUGGCUCUCUCCCCUGCCCUGACUACAUCAGUGGUAGAGAGCUCACCUGUGUGGUCUGCACCAAGUAGUACUCUGUUGUUGAAAGUUUUCGAACACUGACUAUAUUCUCCACAAUGAGGACGUUGUGGAACUAGUGUUCAGAAAUGUUUACAAGUAACAUUAUGUUUGUGUGUGUUUCUAAGUUCUAGUCGUAAUUAUUAGAGAAGGCUGAACUAUUGAUUAAAAAAAACCUAUGAGUAACAUUAUGUAUGGAUGUAUUUCUUAAUUCUAGUCAUAACGUAUAAUCUGAGGUGGCUGAACUUAAGCAUUGUUUAAAAAAAAUUACAAGUGACAGUAUGCCUGAAUAUGCUUAUAAAUAUUUUACUCAUAACCUACAUGUACCUCUGGUGGAUUUAAAAUCAGACAGUAUUUCAAUCUUAAUUACCUGUGACAAAUAUAUGUCUAUUUUCAAUAGGUAAAAGUGGUCUGUAAAUACAGACCGAAAACUAAGAGAGAGCCAAUGAAUAAAAUUUCAUAGUGUCAAAAAUUUAGCACUUGACAUAUCUGCUCUUUUCCUGUCUUAACGAGUUACAGUACACAUUAUGCACUGUAGCAAAGUGGACCAUUUAGCUGGUAACAGACACUGCAACACAACAAAAACAAUUGAGCACUAGCUUUAUUUUCACUUUCACCAAAGAUCUCAUAAUCAUAUGUAACUUUGUAAGUCAUUUUGUAUUAAUUUUGUGAAUUUUCUCAACCCAUCUAAGUCAGAUUUAGCACCUUUAAAAAGGUGAACUUCUGCAAUAAAUGAACACUUAGACUUGGUAGUUCAUAUAUGAAUAAUGAUUUUCUCUAGAUUUUAAUUUAUGUACUUUGAUUUACAGAAUAUAGAUUUCUGUUAAUAAAGACUUCAAAUCCACA